CGACAAUGGCGGCUCGUCUCGCUUGUGCUGGCCGUGUGUUUAGCGAUCAUGCUGAUAGUCGUCAUUGUACUGGUGGUCAAGGAAUACACUACAACAGAGACAUCUGGAGGUCGGGUGUGUGGAGGACAUCAAACAGAGAACAUAGACACGUUAGACUCUUUAAAUCCUGGUCCUUUUCAUGACUUGACACAAGCUGAACUACGUGCUGUUCACAAAUACAUUUAUGGUUUAUCAAAACUCAAUCUAGUGAAGCCAUCGAGGGCCAGUAUGAACACAAGUUAUUUGUAUGCAGCAGAUUUGUUUCUGCCAAGGAAAGAAGACGUAUUGGCAUUUCUGGACGAGGGAAAAGCACAGCCGCAUCGGAAAGCCAAGAUUGUCGUGUUCAGGGGAGACAAACAGCUUCCUGUAGUGGAGGAGUAUAUUGUAGGUCCUUUACCCACACCUGUUUACUGUGACUUGUAUAACUCCACUGCCUACAGAAACCCUGUUAACUUCUCAUUCAGACCGUUUUCAAAAUUCGAGUUUAAAGCCGUUUUUGAGUUUAUUGUGCCUAUUAUUGACAAAGAAAUUAAAUAUAUUUUACUUGAAAGUUAUGGUGCUACCUUUGUCAACUGUGGCAUGAAAUGUUUAACAAUAUACCCUACACCCGUAUCUUCUGGAAUUAUUGGACGUCCUGAAAGAAAGAUUUGGCUGGGUAUUUACCAGAAUAUCGAAUAUGGAACGUUGCACCCAACAGACUUAAGUUUCCUGGUAAACAUUAAUUCUCCAGAUCCUUCCGAAAUGUUCAUAGAGAAGGUCGUCUAUGCUGGCCAGGAAUUCGCAAACCUCACGGACUUGGCUAUUCGGUACAAUAGCAGUGACAUGGUUAAACACACAAUUCCAUUUCCAGAUUACUCAGAGGAUCUGUUCUCUUCAAUGCAUCAAAGAGGUCCACGGAUACCCGCAGAGUCUCAGAGACCACCACAGCUAGUGGAACCUGAUGGUAAACGAUACAGUGUUCAUAACAGGGAGGUACGAUACAUGCAGUGGAAGUUUGAUUUCAGAAUGUCUGUUCUUACGGGACCUCAGGUCUACAAUGUCCGCUUCAAAGACACCAGGAUUGCGUAUGAAAUAGGUCUUCAGGACAUAGCCGUGUUCUACUCUGGCUACAGUUCGCUUGCUCGAGCGGCAGAUUUUCUCGACAGUGUUAGUAUCUUGGGAACACGCUGUAGAGCUUUAGUUCCCGGAGCCGACUGUCCCCUCACGGCAACACUUAUUGGGAAGUCUUUUCUUGUGGAAUCUACAGAAGACCUUGGCUAUCUGAGUAACGUGUUCUGUUUAUUUGAGCAGAAUCUGGGUGUUCCACUACGUCGUCACAUGUCGUACGCCCAGAACGAGGGUCAGUGGUAUUCCGGGAUGCUGAACAGCGCUCUCACCCUCAGAAGCAUUAUUGUAAUCUCCAACUACGAUUAUGUGAUAGAUUUUAACUUCUAUCAAAAUGGUGCCAUAGAAGUCAAAGUUCACUCGACUGGAUACAUAUUUACUACAUUCUAUUCGCAGGAAAAGCAUAGUUACGGCUUUAAAAUGCAUGAUAACAUUCUGGGGAAUAUCCAUCAGCAUCUGUUCAACUUCAAGGUGGAUAUUGAUAUACUGGGCACGCGUAAUCGUUAUGAGACUCUCGAUAUUUCAACAGAGGAAGUGUCCAACGAGCAGACGACUGGCAAUGAUGGCGACACCUACUGGCAGGUGAAGUUUGAUCACCAUCUCAGACGGACGGAAUUAGACGCAGCUUACAAGUUCAACUUCGACCACCUGAAAUACCAUCUUAUAUUUAACAACAACAAGAAGACAUCCCAAGGUGUACAGAGAGCUUACAGGAUUCUCAUGAGUGGCAUGUCAAAGCAGCUCCUUCCAGAAGACAAGAACAACGAGAUUUCCAUUUCGUGGGCCCGCUACCAGAUGGCUGUGACCAAGGUGAAGGACGACGAAAGACAGAGCAGCUCGCACUAUGGAUUAUUUGAUUCGCUGUUGCCCACAGUCAACUUCACUACAUUUGUAGCAGAUGACGACGGUAUUGUUGACGAGGAUCUUGUUCUGUGGCUCACUAUGGGAUUGUACCACAUCCCCCACACUGAAGAUCUCCCAGUGACGCCAACUGUGGGUGGAAACCUGCAGUUCUUCCUUCUGCCUUACAACUACUUCGACGAAUGUCCAUCCAUGCAGUCACGUGAUGCCAUCCGAGUGGAUCUGAAAAAUAAACGGAGUCCAAAAGAUGGACUAAAGGUUACCCAAUAUGUGGAUACGACAGGUACCCACUGCACCGUGCACACAGACAGUUUACAGUCACAGUUCAGUGAAAAUCCAGAUGCAGUUCUACAAACAAAACGUCCUAGGAAUGAAUUUUAGUCAGACCUGUGCGGCUCGUCACUUGAAAUAUCUAUUAGAAAAGAUUGUACACAAACGAAAGACACACGAUUGCCUGCUGCAACUGGUCCUAGACAGGAUACAGAUGGUAGGGUACACGCUAAGUUUGUGACAUAAUGAGCUAAUCUGGAGGGCAUGGCGUAGAUUGGUCUGCCUGCUGAUCCAAAACAUUUACAUCUUCCUCCAUUUUAGCGAGUGGUUAUUACUACUUUGGCAUCACUUUGAAUCCAGCGUCCCUGGCCAUAUUCUGCCCACCCACUUCGCACAAUACACACACAGAGAGAGAGAGAGAGAGAGAGAGAGAGAG